AUAGACCACGUAAAUCAAUAGUAAUGGAUCGAAUUGUAAAAGAGACACCAGAUAACAAUACAAUUAUAAUCACAGAAGGUAGUGAAAUCAAAGAAUUGGUAAAAGAACAUUUUCACAAUUGGACGAGGAAAAGAACAACAGAUGCUGGGUUAUUCAAAAAAUGGGAGUCUGAAUACACACCACUUAAAGAGAUUAACAAGUCGUGGUAUGACACCCUUUAUAAUGAGGUCAAAUUAGAUGAAUUAGAGUUAGUAAUUCAAUCUCUACCAAAUAACAAAGUGCCGGGGCAAUCCAAUCUCCAGUACGAAUGGUUUAAAAACCUCCUACAAAAAG